AUGGCCUCUAUUAAUCUGGAGAACCAGCUGCAGAGUGCUCAGAAGAAUCUACUAUUCCUGCAGCAGGAGCAUGCUAACACCCUGAAAGGCUUGCACGCAGAAAUCCGUCGGCUGCAGCAGCAUUGCACAGAUCUGACAUAUGAACUGACAGUGAAGAGUUCAGACCAGACAGGCGAUAGCAUUUCAAGGAGUGAUGAACUUAGGAGAAGAUGUGAAGAACUGGAAGCUCAGUUAAAGGACAAAGAAACAGAGAACAAUGAGUUGUUAAAGGAGUUAGAGCAGAAAAAUGCUAUGAUUAUGGUGCUUGAAAAUACUAUUAAAGAAAGAGAGAAAAAAUACUUGGAAGAACUAAAAGUUAAAAGCCAUAAAUUGAAUAUGCUGUCCAGUGAACUGGAGCAGAGGGCCAGUACCAUUGCUUAUCUCACAUCACAGCUGCACGCUACCAAAAAGAAGCUGCUCAGUACCAGUGGGGCCCCUGAGGUAGCCCCUCCUGGCAGCCCAGUAACAUCUAGUUACAAGCCAUCUCCUCCCAAAGAAAAGCAACCAGAGACUCCAAGAAGAAGGAUGAAGAAGAGUCUGUCCACACCACUCAAUGCUGACUUUGCAGAGGUCUACAGACUAGGUGCUGAUGGUCGAAAGAUAAUGUUGCGUGAACCUGUGGAUGCCAUGCCAGACCCUACUCCCUUUUUAUUGGCAAGACAGUCAGCAGACACUCAGAUCAUCAAAGAGAGGCCACUUGUCAUUCCUCCGAUUCGCUCUGACUCAAGUAGCCCGGCUAAAGAGAAGAAGCAGAGGGCCCAUGUUGGAGUUGCACAUCGAAUUCCCCAUGCCACCUCUGUUCAGAGUCAGGUUGGACCUCAGCCAGAAGUUGAAACCUUAGCAGUGGAUCAAGUCAAUUCAAGCAAAGUUGUUAGGAAGCACUCAGGAACUGACAGAACUAUUUAA